CGUUACGGUUACUAGAAAUUCGGUUCGGCCGUUUCACUGUCGGUCGCUUGUUCGACGUCUGUUUGCGCGCGUGUGUCUUAUUCAUUUCCUUUGGGGAAAUAUUUUUUUCCCAGUUUUCCGUCGUUCGGUUUCGACACGUCUUACCGUUUGUGCCGGCGUUCGUGGCCGCCGUCGUUUGUACGAUUUUACCAACUAUAGUCUGACCAUAUUCGAUUGUGGAAGAUUUGAAAAACAGUUUUACAACAACAACAACAUCAACUAAUAACGUCUGCACGACAACGUGACCGUCAAUUUUGUUUUUCGGAUUUUGCACCGCCAUGAACGGUGACCGACGGCAACUUAUGAGGUAAUGUUAGUCAUUUGACGACAGCCGCAGGUACAUCCGACCAAGGCGAACCAUGGCCAGGACUUGCAGUACGAGCACGCGGUUGGUUUACGCGCUGUUACUCGCGUUCGUUUACUGCAGCCAACAGAUCUCGGCCGAUUUCGACGGAGGAGAAAACGGCAAAGGUCAUCAUCAUCCGGGACACCACAAAAGGCAGCGGUUGCACCACAGGCGUCAUUUGUCGAAAUCUUCGGCCGGGGACUAUCCCUCGGGAAACUCGCUGAUUAAUGAGGUCGACAAACCGGGCAACAUGUUCAUGACGGAGAACGGCACGAUUGUCACGUCGCAAAUUGGCGGCACCGCAAUUUUGCCGUGCGCCACGUCUAAGAUCGGCACGGCCACUGUGUCUUGGAUAAGAAGAAUAGAUUACACGAUACUAACAAUAGGGACGAGGAGUUAUAGCAGCGACAAGAGAUUUUACGUCGACCACACCAGACAUCUAAAGACAUGGAAUUUGGAAAUAACUCCAGUUGAAGAAACCGAUGCUGGUUUAUACGAAUGUAGAAUCGCUACACAUCCAACAACCAGUAUAUUUGUUCAUCUCAAAGUAACAGUGGCCAAGGCGGAAAUUCUGGGCGCACCGGAUCUGUACAUAAUGAGCGGCAGUAGUCUGAGGCUGGUGUGCCGUCUUCGGGGAUCGACGCAAGCGCCGUUGUUCGUAUUUUGGUACCAUUCCGAUCGGAUGAUCAAUUUCGACACGGACCGAGGACUUAUCGUGCACAUCAACAGCACCGAGAGUGACCUGAUAAUGCCGUACACCAACACAUCGGACAGCGGCAAUUACACGUGUCAACCGCAAAAUAUUCCGCCGGCCACCAUCAACGUGCACGUGCUCCAAUCCGAAGUACCUGCGGCCAUGCAACACGGCGUUCGAAGUACGACGUCGGGGUCGUUUGCCGUAUCCAAUUGCGCCAUCAUAACCAUAAUCUACAUGGCACUGCAAAAUGUGUUGAGCUAAAAGACGGGCUGAACGAUUUGUAUAAUAUUAUUAUAAGGUUUAGUGUUAAUUCGGGUCAUCAUCAGAGCGCCGAGGUAAACGGCGGUAUAUAUUGCGAUUUCCUAUUAAUAAUAUUAUCGCAUACUCGUAACGUCAUAGCUGUUGGACCCUUGAGUGAUUCCGUACAUGCUAAGUUGCAAUUUACACUUGUCACUUACCAGUUACCGUAUAAAGCUUAUAUAUAUUUCGGGUGACGUUAUGGAAAUUACACUACAAGAACGGAUAAACAAUUUUUGAAAACCUAUUACCAACAUUAGUAAUAUAGCAUACAACGCCGUUAAGUUAGGUAACUCGUCAAAUCAGCGCAGAUUUAACACUUGUACUUGUUCGACAAUUUUGUUAUUUACCGUGAAAAUAAUCGAUUUUGCGUUUCAAAUUUCUCAGUUUUCCGCGUGGACACUGAAAAUAAAUACCGUUUAUGAAAGGGUGUUGUAAGGGAUCGAAAGUUAAAAUCGUUUAACCUCAGUACUGCUAUAAAUAUUCCAACCGUUCGGGCAAAGAAAGCUAAAUCGAGUGUCGCUGCCCCAAAAAGGUAUGAUUUAUUCAAAUUUUGGGACGACAGGUACCCAUUUGCAUAAAAUUAUUUGUAAAACGGCGACAGUGCUAUAUUUUUUUAAUAUCUAAUAUCGCUUUCCAGUAACCUUGGCUGACCCACUUAUCUUGGUAUAGUAUACUGCGUAGGACGGACAAACUUCUUUUAGCAAGUCCUCCAAUCAUUGUUAUCUAGCUAUCAUUGGACGCUGUUAUAAUAUAGUACGUUUUGCAGUAAGUCCGUUUAAUAUUGUAAUAACAGCACACGAUUUUUUUGCCGGUAUACUAAAAACCAUCGUUUAGGCGUUUUAUUUUAACCGAUUGCUUGUGUCUUCGUUGUAAAUAUUAUGUAAAAAUUGUUAUAUUAAAUAUAAUUAUAUAUUGAUAAAUGUACUACGAUCAAAGACUGGGUUUAUAUUACUAAAAAUUAUAUAAUUAAUUGUUAUAAUAUAAAAAUAUUGAUACUAUAGCUGUACAAUUGAUUAUUUUCGAAAG